AUGUACGCUGAUCGUGUAAGGAAAAUCGAAAAACAUACGCAUACGAUUGUCAAGCAUAUACAUCAUCAUCAUAAGCCUAUUGUAGUUAAGGAGGAGAAGAAAAUUAUUGAGGAACAUUAUCCGAUUAUUAAAAAAGAGACCGUCAAACACGAUCAUCAUCAUCAUCAUGAAGCGAAACAUGAUCAUAAACAUGAACAUAAACAUGAGCAUAAGAAAAUUGAUAAACCAAAAGAAUACGAUGAUGAAGAAGAGCACAUUCAUCAUCAUCAUGAUUAUGAGCAUAAAACGCAAGAAGAAGAGAACACUUCGCCUCAUCUUGAUUACUAUGAAAGACAUUAA